AUGGAAUAAUAAUUGCAAAUUCUCUUUUAACGUUUAGAAGAAUUCAAAUAAGAUUAAAAUGAAUAUUGGGAAGAAGUCAAAUAAUUAUCAGAUGAAACAGAUGAUAAUCAAUUACCUGUUAUUUUAGAAAACGAAGAAGAAUGUAACUCUUCUGAAAUACUCACAAUUCUUAAUUAAAUUAUGACAUUAGUUAAUCAUCUAAGAGAAGGUGAAAUUAAAGUAUUUAGCUAUUAUUAUUAUUAUUAGAUUAUUGAGAGAUAUAAAUAUGAAUUAAAAUAAUUAGCUCUUGAAUUGAAGAAUAAUUAACAAUAUAAUAAAGAAAUGAAAUCUAUUAACAUAUAAACUGAUUAUGAUCAUUAUGAAAAAAUGUAUUUCCAAGAAAGAUAACGAUAUAAUUAAUUAGAAAAGAAGUUUGAAGGUCUUAAAAAACUUGAUGAAUCAUCCUUUAAAUAAGAUGUUAUGAUAGAAUUGGCUACUCUUAAAAAUAAAAUAUAAAUAUUGACAGAAACAUCAACUGAAGCUGAAGCAUUAUUAAUCAAGAAAGACUAAUAAGUUAAAGAAUAUUAAAAAUAAUUAUAAAAAUCAUAAAAAGAAUUGACAUCAAAGAGAAGUGAAUUAUCAAGUCUCAAUGAUUAAAUGAAAAAUAAAGAUAUCAAUUUGCAAAUGGUUCAAAACAUGAAUAGAACUUAUGAAUAAGAAUUAUAAAAACUAAACAAAAAAAAUACUGGAUCUUAAAAAAGACCUACUAAAUGUUAUGAAACCUUAACACUUGAAAUUCAAGAAUUAACUCACAAUAAUUCAUUACUUAAAUAAUAGUUAUUAUAAACCUAAAAAAAACUAAAAGAUUUAACUAAUGAAUUAUAAACUAAGGAUUAGUAAUUAAUCGAAGUUCUCAAUUAAAUUGAUGAAAUUAAAUUACACAUGCAAUAAACUAACAAUAAAGAAGAUGAAUUAAAAGAAGCUAUGGAUUAUUUAGAAAUUAAAGAUUUAGAAAUUGAAAGAUUACAUCGAGAACUUGAAAAUUAUAAAAGGAAUAACAAAGAUAAUCCAUAAAUUAGAGAUCUUUAAAAUCUUUUAUUAGUUAUGUCUAGAAGUUUAUAAGAAAAAGAAUAAUAACUCUUAAGAUAUUAAUAAUACAAUUGA